UGCAAUAAAUUAUUAUUAUUAACCGGUGCGAUUUUCGAAGGACAGGAUUUCGUCGAUGACAUCUGGCUUGGCGCAACCUUUGACGAGGCGGCGGACGACUUUGUUUGGAGUGACGGAAACAAUUUGACCUACACAAAUUGGGCGACUGGAUACCCGAGAAAUUCCACGGAUGUAGAUCGUUGCUUAGUAAUUAGACCACCGGGAGCUUUAAAAAGUGUUGAUGACGAGGUUUCCACUACCACUGGUCCUGUGGUACCCUUAAAUGCUCAGUGGGCCGACGUAUCCUGCAGGAGAAGCAGUAUCAUCGCUUGUCAAAAAAGACCGAGCUGGACGAUGGAGGAGAUUGUGGUGGAGAUUUGUGGGAUAAUCUCCAAAAACCGGGUCAGUCUAAAAGGCCAUGUCCGUUAUAUUCACGGCAUCAAGAAAUAUUCAUGCAACAUUUGCAACAGGAAGUUUGGAAGGCCCUACGCCUUACGCCAACACGUGGAGAACUCUCACGGCACGACGCCCCGUUCUCGCUACCCGUGCAAGUUCCCCGGUUGUGGAAAAUCAUUUCUUAACAAGUCCACCGAAUGCACACAUUUUAGGAGGGAACAUGUUCAAAAUCCCGUCCGAUUUUUGUGCCAACUUUGUGGCAUAGAAUUUAAAAGAAAAGAACACCUGACCAACCACGUUUCCACUCAUACGACCGAAAAGACGUAUAAAUGUGCCCAUUGUGGGAAAGGUUUCAUUCAACGGGGCGCUUUAAAAAUUCAUGUGAAAACCCACAUAGAUCGGUGUAGCCGCCCAGUUUUGACGUGCCACCUUUGCCCUUAAACAUUUCUCUAUAAGCGAUGCCUGACGGGUCAUUUACAAAGUGUGCAUGGGAAGGAGAAGAAUUACGAGUGAAAAUUUUGC